AUGUGCCGAGCAGGCCCCAGCCCCGAAGUGGCUGUUUUCAUCCCAGCUCUGAGUCGGGACCCUCUUCCUCAGUUUGAUGGCCCUGUGGACCUGACCGUCGGCCACCAGUCAGGCAUUAGGGAGAUGCAUGGGGCCCUGCAGUGGGAUGGCAUGGCGGCUGCUCCCGGCCCUCGGGCUGAGCUGCCGCAGAGCAGAGAGCUGGCCAGCUCAGGUCCCCAAGAAGCCCCAGCUCCGUUGGGUGACAGCGCCGUCUCCCCACAGGUGGUACCCGAGGGCAUUCUGCAGAACGGGGCUGUGGAUGACAGCGUGGCCAAGACCAGCCAGCUGCUGGCCGAGCUGAACUUUGAGGAGGAUGAGGAGGACACCUAUUACACGAAGGACCUGCCCAUCCAUGCCUGCAGUUACUGCGGCAUCCACGACCCCGCCUGCGUGGUGUACUGCAACACCAGCAAGAAGUGGUUCUGCAACGGGCGCGGGAACACCUCGGGCAGCCACAUUGUAAAUCACCUCGUGAGGGCAAAAUGCAAAGAGGUGACGCUGCACAAGGAUGGGCCCCUGGGGGAGACGGUCCUGGAGUGCUACAACUGCGGCUGCCGGAACGUCUUCCUCCUCGGCUUCAUCCCGGCCAAGGCCGACUCCGUGGUGGUGCUGCUGUGCAGGCAGCCCUGCGCCAGCCAGAGCAGCCUCAAGGACAUCAACUGGGACAGCUCACAGUGGCAGGCCCCCGUCCCAGGCCGCCGCCCUGUCAAGAUCCCCUCGGAGCAGGAGCAGCUGCGGGCGCGGCAGAUCACGGCCCAGCAGAUCAACAAGCUGGAGGAGCUCUGGAAGGAGAACCCGUCGGCCACCCUGGAGGACCUGGAGAAGCCGGGGGUGGAUGAGGAGCCCCAGCACGUGCUGCUGCGCUACGAGGACGCCUACCAGUACCAGAACAUAUUCGGGCCCCUGGUCAAGCUGGAGGCCGACUACGACAAGAAGCUGAAGGAGUCGCAGACUCAAGAUAACAUCACGGUCAGGUGGGACCUGGGCCUUAACAAGAAGAGAAUCGCCUACUUCACUUUGCCCAAGACUGACUCUGACAUGCGGCUCAUGCAGGGCGACGAGAUAUGCCUGCGGUACAAAGGGGACCUCGCGCCCCUGUGGAAGGGGAUCGGCCACGUGAUCAAGGUCCCCGACAAUUACGGCGACGAGAUCGCCAUCGAGCUGCGGAGCAGCGUGGGCGCACCCGUGGAGGUGACCCACAACUUCCAGGUGGAUUUCGUGUGGAAGUCGACCUCGUUCGACAGGAUGCAGAGCGCGUUGAAGACGUUCGCCGUGGACGAGACCUCCGUGUCCGGCUACAUCUACCACAAGCUGCUGGGCCACGAGGGGGAGGAUGUGAUCAUCAAGUGCCAGCUGCCCAAGCGCUUCACGGCCCAGGGGCUCCCCGACCUCAACCACUCUCAGGUAUAUGCCGUGAAGACGGUGCUGCAGAGACCGCUCAGCCUGAUCCAGGGCCCGCCGGGCACGGGCAAGACUGUGACGUCGGCCACCAUCGUCUACCACCUGGCCCGGCAGGGCAACGGGCCCGUGCUCGUCUGCGCCCCGAGCAACAUCGCCGUGGACCAGCUGACCGAGAAGAUCCACCAGACGGGGCUGAAGGUCGUGCGCCUCUGUGCCAAGAGCCGUGAGGCCAUCGACUCCCCAGUGUCGUUCCUGGCCCUGCACAACCAGAUCCGGAACAUGGACAGCAUGCCGGAGCUGCAGAAGCUGCAGCAGCUGAAGGACGAGACGGGGGAGCUGUCAUCCGCCGACGAGAAGCGCUACCGGGCCCUGAAGCGCACUGCCGAGCGCGAGCUGCUCAUGAACGCAGAUGUCAUCUGCUGCACGUGUGUGGGCGCUGGCGACCCUAGGCUGGCCAAGAUGCAGUUCCGCUCCAUCCUGAUCGACGAGAGCACCCAGGCCACCGAGCCGGAGUGCAUGGUCCCCGUGGUGCUCGGGGCCAAGCAGCUGAUCCUCGUGGGCGACCACUGCCAGCUGGGCCCGGUGGUGAUGUGCAAGAAGGCGGCCAAGGCGGGGCUGUCGCAGUCGCUGUUCGAGCGCCUGGUGGUGCUGGGCAUCCGGCCCAUCCGCCUGCAGGUCCAGUACCGGAUGCACCCCGCGCUCAGCGCCUUCCCCUCCAACAUCUUCUACGAGGGCUCUCUGCAGAACGGCGUCACUGCGGCGGAUCGCGUGAAGAAGGGCUUUGACUUCCAGUGGCCCCAGCCCGAUAAGCCGAUGUUCUUCUACGUGACCCAGGGCCAGGAGGAGAUCGCCAGCUCGGGCACCUCCUACCUGAACAGGACCGAAGCCGCGAACGUGGAGAAGAUCACCACGAAGCUGCUGAAGGCGGGCGCCAAGCCCGACCAGAUCGGCAUCAUCACGCCGUACGAGGGCCAGCGCUCCUACCUGGUGCAGUACAUGCAGUUCAGCGGCUCCCUGCACACCAAGCUCUACCAGGAGGUGGAGAUCGCCAGUGUGGACGCCUUCCAGGGCCGCGAGAAGGACUUCAUCAUCCUGUCCUGCGUGCGGGCCAACGAACACCAGGGCAUCGGGUUUCUGAACGACCCCCGGCGCCUGAACGUGGCCCUGACCAGAGCAAGGUACGGCGUCAUCAUCGUGGGCAACCCGAAGGCGCUGUCGAAGCAGCCGCUCUGGAACCACCUGCUCAAUUACUACAAGGAGCAGAAGGUGCUGGUGGAGGGGCCCCUCAACAACCUGCGCGAGAGCCUCAUGCAGUUCAGCAAGCCCCGCAAGCUCGUCAACACCGUCAACCCGGGGGCCCGCUUCAUGACGACGGCCAUGUACGACGCCCGGGAGGCCAUCAUCCCAGGGUCCGUCUACGAUCGCAGCAGCCAGGGCCGGCCCUCCAACAUGUACUUCCAGACCCACGACCAGAUCGGCAUGAUCAGCGCCGGCCCCAGCCACGUGGCUGCCAUGAACAUCCCCCCGUUCUCGCAGGGCGCCCUGACGCAGGGCUACAUCUCCAUGAGCCAGCCCUCACAGAUGAGCCAGCCCGGCCUCUCCCAGCCCGAGCUGUCCCAGGACAGUUACCUCGGCGAUGAGUUUAAGUCUCAGAUCGACGUGGCGCUGUCGCAGGACUCCACGUACCAGGGAGAGCGGGCGUACCAGCACGGCGGGGUGACCGGGCUGUCCCAGUACUAGAAGGUGGCCGCGGAAGAGCUAAGCUAGUGGCUUAGUCCAUCAGCAUCUUAUUCUGGGUAAU